AUGACCAUUACCGUCCAUGCCUCUCUGCUGAGUGGUCAUGGCAUUUCCUUGGCAGCAGAACCUCACUGGGAUGUGGGGUCUUUAUGCCUCAAGGUCCAGCAGGAGCUGGGUCUGAGCCGGAUCAAGGUGGUCACUGCCCGUGGUACAGUCUUGGGCGGCGCCGCCACUUUACAGGAGGCUGGCAUAGAGGAUGGCGAGGCGCUGGGGGUAGUGGUCAAGGACAUAGAGAUUGUUGGCACCUAUGACGGCAGGGCAUUUGCGAUGAUCGGUCGCGACGGUUCUGUUGUGACGUGGGGACAAGACUCUUUGGGCGGCGAUAGCACCGAAGUUCAACAUCAGCUGCGAAACGUGCAGCAGAUCAAAGGAACCAGAGGAGCCUUCGCUGCCAUAUUGGAGGAUGGAUCUGUCUGCACCUGGGGGGAGACGCGCCAGGAUGUGACGUUUGAGGCCGUCUGCCCUGAGCUCCGGGACGUCCGAAAGCUCCAGGCGAGCUUCGGCGCUUUUGCGGCGGUUCGGGGAGACGGAAGGGUGGUUGCAUGGGGUAGCCACAGCCACGGCGGGCGCAUCACUGGAGCUUUGAAGACCAAACUCCAGUUCGUGCGGGACAUCGAAGCAACUGGCCUGGCUUUUGCAGCGUUAUGCGCUGAUGGUUCGGUGGUCGCGUGGGGUCACCAGGACUCGGGUGGCGACUGCCGCGCUGUGGCUGAUCGGCUCCAGGAGGUUUGGAAGAUCCGGUCCACCAUGCACGCGUUCGCCGCCAUCCGCAAAGACGGCACAGUCGUGACUUGGGGCCGCGUCGAUGCAGGCGGCGACAGCAGCGCUGUGCAGACGCAGCUCACUGGCGUGCGGGAGAUUGCAUCGACGGGCUACGCUUUCGCGGCCAUCCGUGACGAUGGCAGCGUGGUGACUUGGGGCCGGAGCGAGCAUGGAGGUGACAGCCGCAAGAUCCAGGAGCACCUUGUGAACGUCAAGCACGUGCAGGGCUCCGUCAGCACGUUUGCCGCCAUAGUGGGUGAUGGCAGCAUCGUGGCAUGGGGAGAUCGACUCAGAUGCCUCGAGAUCAGAUCCGCAGUCUGCGAGUUUAGAGUCAAAAAGCAUUCCCAAGAUCCAGUGAUCUUCCGGCAAGAAUGUCGUAUCACCGGAAAGUACCGAAACGAUCCUGUCACUGCAGACUCAUUUCAGCCACGCCGAUUAGACAUGAACUCUUACAGAUCUGCAAUGUCUAUCAAUGUCGAAGUAGCUUUGCUCAGUGGGAGAAGUGUCGCCCUUCUUGCUGAGCUUGACUGGACCAUCGGCCGCUUGCUGCUCGCGGCACAGCAACAGCUCAGAACUGGCCUGGAUCAGCUUUAUGCACAAGACGGGGAGCUGCUGAACCAGGCGAGGACGUUGGAAGAAUCAGGACUGCAAUCCGGCAAUAUCUUGCAGGCGAGCGUCAGGCCGAAGCGGCUGGCUUCCUCAAGCGCCGACUUCGUUUUGCUUUGUGAGACUGGAUCGGUGGUAGCCUGCAGUGAAGUCUGCCUCGGAAAGACACUGCUUCCACACGGCAGCUUGGUAGAUGUGCUGCACAUCCAG